GAAUUAAGGUUAUUAUUGUUUUAAAAAUCAAAUUCAUUAAAAAUAAUUAGUUUGUAAAUAAAUAUACAGAAAUCACUUCAAAGUAGUGUUACAACCGAAUUCCAAUCAUUUUCAUCAACAAAUACGUUACUUAUUUAACUCUCAAAGGAAAAAAUCAACCUAAGUUAAAAUAUUUAUCGCAUCAUCAGACCGUUAACAUCAGUGGGUAGUAGUAUCAUCAGUGGAUAUUAUUUUAAAUUUUUGAUGUAGUGACUUAUGGAAAAACAAAGAAAGCUUUUAUGAUUUAUUAUAAAUAAAAGAUGGGUUUUCAGAAUGUUUUAUUUCUAAUUCAUUUGCUGGUUUUGUUUUGCAUAGUCACAAGUGGUUUCAAACCAGAUCUUUGUAAAUGGACUUCAAUUGUUAGAUCAGGAAAGCUGCGUGACGGAAUGAGCUCUGGCACAUUUCACACGUUAGGAAGUACUCCCAACAUGGAAACUUGUGUUGAUUUAUGUUGCAGCAUGAAUGUUUGUGGUGUUGCUUUUCGUCAUAAGGGAAACUGCUAUGGUGUUGAGUGUAACAGCAAUAAAAGUUGUGAUUCAAUAGCAGCUGAUUUCCAAUCACACAUGGAUGUUGAGAUUUCUCAUGUAAGAGCAGGACAUACUACAGUGAAUGCAACAGAGUUAGAUAAAGCAGGUAAGUGUCAGCCCAGUGCAGUUUUCAAAGAAGUUACUUUGAAAGGUGGUAUUAAUGCUGGUACUUAUAAAGAUAUUGGUGGGGUCAGUACAAUGGAGGAAUGUCAAGCCAAGUGCUGUGAUUUUCCAGCUUGUGAUUUAGCAUUUAUGUUAGCAGGAAGUUGUUAUUUAGUAGGUUGUUAUGAUCAAAAACAAUGUACUAUGCAACCUGCAAAAGAAAGUAAAUUUCAUCCAAUGAUAUCUUAUGUUACUCGAUGGAAUGGUGAAGGUGUCAAACACACAAUACUUCUGCAAGAAAAAGGAGUCCAGAAUGUCUGUCCAAAACCUGUGCCAAAAACUCAUGUUACACUUAAAGGUGGUUUGCAAGCUGGCGAUUUUACAGAUGUAGGAAAAGUUUCUAAUAUAGAGCAGUGUUAUGAUAUUUGUUGUCAACAAGAAAAAUGUAAUCUUGCGUUUAUGCUCGGGCAAAAUUGUUUUAGUGUGGUAUGUAAAGAAAACGAUUUGUGUGACACUGUUACAGCACAGCCAUCAAUUUUUAACCCACAAAUAGCUUAUGUUACUAGUCGCGAGAGAGUUAAAAAUACUAAAUCUGAUAUUAGUAGACCUAUAAAACCAGCUACAGGUGUUGCAGGUGAUUGCCCUGUAACUAAAGUUUUAGAUCAUAUGACUUUGAAAGGUGGUGUAGAUGCAGGAGCAUAUAAGGAUCAUGGUAAAGUUAAAGAUAUGGACAUUUGCAGAAGAAUUUGCUGUGAAAUGACAGAAUGUCAUUUAGCCUUCAUGCUUGGUUCAAACUGUUUUUCUGUGAAAUGUGCUAGUGUGGAUGCAUGUCGCGCUCAAAAAGCAAAACCUUCUGCAUACUAUCCAAAGAUAUCCUAUAUCAGAAAAGUUGGAACUAAUCAACUUUUACGUAGCACAAUUCCAGUUUCUUCACAUAAUGCAACAAUAACAGCAAACAUUCCUGCUGUAAUAACUCAUCAGCUCAAAGUCCCCCCAGUGAUCCCAUUAAACUCACAGGCUGUUCACUCUAUUCCUCAAUUAGGAGCUGACUUGACACAUGCUGUUCAUAUUGAAGUACCAUUAAAAGAAUCAACUCAAAAUGUAAUAUCUUUUAAAAGCAAUGAUCAUUCUUCUGCAAAUGUUCAACAACUUGCUGUUGUCACUACAAACUCUGUUAAAGAUGAGAAGACACCUAAAGUGAAUCUGCAAUCUGUAAACAUUUCAUCCCCAAUAGCACCUUCACCUUUACCUGUGGUUUCUACAAAAAAAAUGCCAUUGAUUGCAGGUGAAAAAUUGCAAUCACAUCUGACAAAUUCUGUUUCGAACAGUAGCGAUCAGGAGGUUGAAGAUGAAGACCUACUUCAUGCGUUACACUCCCUUAAUACAAAUACAAAUGUUGUUCAAACAACUGAAAAUGCAACUAAAGAAGACACAAAGUGUACUCCUGGACUUCUCAAAUCAAAUGUAACAUUGAAAGGUGGUCGUAAUUCUGGUGAGUUCAUUGAGAUAAAAGGGUUAAAAGACAUGAAAGAAUGCGUAGAAAGAUGCUGUGUUGAUAGAGAUAAGAAAUGUAACCUAGCUUUUAUGUUGGGUGACAGCUGCUAUUUAGUUUCUUGUAAAAAUAAAGAUUUAUGUAGAACAAUACCAGCACCUCCAACUAAGUUUAAUCCUUUGGUUCAAUAUGUCCGUGGAUUAGAAGAAGAACCAAUACCUACCACUUUAGCUACUACUACUUCUACUACUGAUAUGCCUGUGACAUCAGCAGAUCAAACUACAAUAAAGCCCACAAUAACAGCAAAGAGCAGUAAACCUAAACUUAAACCAAAACAAAAGUCAUGUGUUAGUCAACCAAUAGUUAAAGAUCAUUCAUUGCGUGGUGGAAAGAAAGCUGGGAAAUUCCAAAUUUUUAAAAGUGUCACAGAUAUGCCUACAUGUAUCAAUAGAUGUUGCCAGCAACAGAAGCAAUGUGAUGUUGCUUACAUGGAAGAUGGGAAAUGCUAUGGCAUACAAUGUUUUAAAAAAUCUGCCUGCACUGCUGUUGAUCUUCGAGAUAAUGAAGUUGAACCAAGGUUUGCCUACAUGGAUCAUUUCUUAGAAAAAGUCGAAGAAGAAGAAGCUGAGGAAGAAAAGUCAACAGAUCUUGAUGUUAGUGAAGAAAGCGCUUGCUUAAACACUGAAAUAGUGAAAAACAAAACAUUAAAAGGAGGUCUUAAAGCUGGGAAAUUCCAUCCUGUUGGAAAGAAAGAUAUGAAAUCUUGCAUUAAUGUUUGUUGUGACCGACCAGAUUGUGACAUAGCUUAUCUUUUAAAUGGUCAUUGCUAUGCAAUCGAAUGCAGUGAUGUCAAACUGUGUCAAACCACUGGAGAGCCAGCUACAGCUAAAGACAGCGUUCAACUAGCUUAUAUGAAUAAAGCUGGUCCAGGCGAAAAGCAAAGAGAUUAUAUGGUUGUUUAUAUAAUUGUUGGAUCACUGGCAUUUGCAGCAACUCUUGGUGGACUUAUUUGGGUUGUGUUUGCUUUUACCAGAAAGCAACGCAUUAAGAACUCACACCAGAGAUUACUGGAUGAAGAAGACGAUGAACCAGAUGAAGUUCUACAUAAAAGAACAUUGAGAGCACCUAGACAUCGUCAACAAAGAUACUAGAUCUUAUUAUAUAAAAAAUUUAAAGCUUUGAAAAAACCAAGUGAUAUGUGACAAGUUUGUAUACAUCAAGAUAAGAAUAAAAUUCUUCGGUUUUCAACUGUUGCGUUCAUGGAAUAUCAAAAAACAUAUUAUGUUUUCCCGGAAUGUUUGCUAGUGACAACAAUAAGAAAACUUUACGCCUUGAAGUUGGCAUCGAAGUGCAGAUAACGCAGUUGCCGUUGUACAAAUAACCACUUUUUUAUUUAAACUACCUGAUUUUACUUUUUAAAGAUGAUUUCGAAUUGUAAUUUAAUUACAUCGUUCGCUCGUUUUGUUCAGUUAGAAAUUUAUUUUUAUACUAUAUAGAAACAUAUUUUUUAACAUGCACCUCUUGUAAAUAUGAUAUAAAAUGUAUGAAAUU